GGUAAAGAUAGGCUAGCUUCUGAUGUGUGCCAUAAAAAAUGAGCAGCGACCCUAUCACAUACAAACAAAAAAGUAAAUAUAAAUGCAUGUGCAUAUUUAUAUCACUAUAUAUGUACGUAUAUUUCUAUGUUGAGCAAAAGAGUCAAGUUGGGGGAAAAUAUCAAGCAUAAAAAAAAAAUGUAGAUCCAAUCAUCUACAAUUGGUGUGCAAACCAUUUUGACAAACCCCAACUUAUCCUCACACAUCAUAUCAAAUAAUAUAAUGAAAGAAGCAAGUGUGCUAAGUCAAUUAACAAUAGCCUUAUAAUAUCCCUCUCUCUCUCUAUCUCUCUCUCAUGCAGGAAUCGUUGAAAUGGGGAGGAAGUGCUCGCAUUGUGGGAACAUAGGUCACAAUUCAAGAACUUGCAACGCAUCAAAAGGCCCUAAUAAUAUUGCCGGUGUGGUGAGGCUAUUUGGGGUCCAACUCGACAUCUCUUCGAACUCGGUUUCAUCUUCUUCUUCUUGCUCUAUCCCAAUCAAGAAAAGCUUCAGCUUGGACUGCUUGUCGUCGUCGUCUUCCUCCUCCUCGCGACCCGCCGCCCACAAGCCCUCCCUCGGCUACCUCUCCGACGAACCUCUAGGCCGACCUCCCGACAGAAAGAAAGGAGUGGCAUGGAGUGAAGAGGAACAUCGCACAUUCCUAAUAGGGCUGGAGAAACUAGGCAAGGGCGACUGGAGGGGAAUUUCUAGAAACUUCGUCACCACUCGAACUCCAACUCAAGUUGCGAGUCACGCUCAGAAAUAUUUUCUCCGACUCGCUUCCCUCAACAAGAAGAAACGACGCUCCAGCCUCUUCGACAUCGACAUGGUUGGUGAUUCAAAAGACUCUAAACACCACUUCGAGUUCGACGUGGACCUCAACUCACUGGGUCAUGACGAGGGCCGUGAUUUCCCCCCGAGUUGGGCCUCUGACUCGCCCGAGUUGGAACUCACGCUUUCCGCUCCUAAUUCUUCUUCUUCAUCUUCUUCCCUCCUAAUUGGAGCUAUUAGUGUCACUUAAUUCAUCCUUUCCAUUUAAUUGUAAUAUUGCGAGAUAUAUAUGAAUCUAGCUAAUUAAUUAAUCUUGAUUUUAAUUUA